AUGACACUACUCGAAAUGGAACCCGACAAGCCAAAGGCACCGAAGCGCCUUGAAGGUCUUGUUGAUAUGGACAAGACCGCUCUGAUGGAACAUAUAACCACCCGAUUGGUCGAGUUAUACAAGGAUCAUCCCAAAGACCUCCAGGUGGAGGCAGUUUUGUCGCUGGUUCGCGGUGGACAUACCUUCGUUCAUGCGGGGACAGGCUUUGGCAAAACGCGAAUUUCUGAGAUGUACUUUGGGUUAUUUGACCGGAAGGUAGUUGUGUUGGUUUUGGUGCCAUUGGAUUCUCUGGGCGACGACCAGGUCCGAGAAAAGAAGUUAGUGAACAUAACCGCGAUUAAUCUGAAUAAAAUGACUCUGAACCGCGCCUUGCUCCUCAAGAUCAAGCAAGGGAAAUUCAGCUUUGUUUACCUUAGCCCAGAAGUCUUUCUCAAUAGUUUGCUCUUCACCAAACUAUUUUUUAGCGAUGAAUUCCAAGCCAUUCUUGCUUUGAUUGUGGUGGAUGAGGCCCACAUGGUGUACCUGUGGGGCCUGGUGGCAUCAAAACAAAGCAAGAAUCUAAUUAUCUUUGCGCAGCUCGAGGAUCAAGCUAUAUUCCGACCUGCGUAUGGACAUAUCGGAACUCGGCUGAUGGCAACCAACAAUGUGCCCCUUCUGCUUCUCUCAGCCACCUGCCGUCCGGAGGCAGUGGCCGCGAUCACAACAAGUUUGAUGCUCCAGCCAAGCGAGCUUGCAAUGGUCGAUGGUGAACUGACUCGGCCGGAUAUCAGAUUCAUUCGAGUCAAGAUGGAAUCAACCCUUAGCUCGUGCGAUGAUCUUCUGAGGAUAUUUGCACCACACACCACGACUGCAGCUAGCAAGGCGGUCCCGAUGAUCAUCUACUCAGGAACCCGCAACCGAACCUUUCAAGUGAUGAAAGUGGUCAACGAGGCUCGAGACACGAAGAAACAUGAGUAUGAUACAAAGGAUCCGUUCAUACGAAGGUACCAUGCGGUGACCGGGGACGAGGACAAGGAGACAACGAUAACAGAUUUCGGGGCGGACAAGGUUCCGGUGAUAUCGGCCACAAUGGCCUUGGGGCUGGGUCAGAACCUCAAACGAGUACGGUGUGUAAUCCACAUGGGCCGAGGAGAUCCAGCGGCAAUCGUGCAGAUGGUUGGGCGGUGCGGACGAGAUGGGAAUACCGGCCUGGGCAUCUUAUUCAUGGAGCCGACACGGAAGAACGGGAAGAAUCAGUUGAGUGAUUUUACAACGGGAGGAUAUCAGGAUGACGAUACUCGGAUGGAUGCGCUGGCGGUGACAACUUGCUGUUUGAGGGUGGCUUUGGCUCUUGAUAACAAGAUUGGGUACAUACCCCUGUCAAACAACAACCCAGAGGUCAAGGCCGAGGUUGCGCGGGAGGUCAAGCUGGGGUUUUGCAAAUGCAAAUGCUCAAAUUGCCUCCCUACGGAGGCUGAGGGGUUGAUGAAGGUGAUUCAACAGGCAAAUAUCAACAAUUUUGACGCUCUGCUCACGGACCCGUAUGCAAUGAUGAAGAAUCCAAGUAUUGUGACGAUGACUCGCAAACGGAAGAGGGUCACACCAAAGGGCACCUGCUCUUAUCCCUCCGCCCUAGAUCGCUUUGAGGAAUUCUACAACAUGCAUUUGGGCCCCAAGGCAGAAUUCAUUGCGUCGGUUUUCUUUGGCCAAGAUCAAGCUCGAGCGAUUGUCGGGUCGAUUGAUCAGAUCCGCAGGGCCGACGUGCAUAACACUGGCCUUCUGGAGACCCUCAUAGGAGGGCAGUGUUUCCACGGGCAAGUGGAGUUCCUUGAUCAGGCCAUCUCCGAAUGGAUGGAUGGAGAUUACUACCUGUUGCACCUCCGGCAAACAGCCGACCUCAACCGCUUCAUUGAGACGGAGGGGAUACGUGUUCGCGAGGCAAUGGCAUCCGAGUUGGCCAUCCUCCUGGCCCAAUCUCAUGCGCGCAGGGAGGCCGAGAAGGCCAAGAAAGCUGCAACUAAGGCGGCGGCCAAAGCCGAGGUGGCGGCCCAGAAGGUGGCCGAGCGGAUGGCUAUGGCACAAGACAAGGCACAAGAGAGGGCCCUCCUGGCAGCCGAGAAAGCAGCCGAAAGGUCCCGUGUGGCUGAGGCCAAGAAGGCCGCAAAGCUCUUGGCAACUCGUGUGCGGGCGACUGCGAAGGCUGGCUUGGAUGUAACAUUGGCUCAGGGCAGAUCUGUAAGCAGGGUCACCCCCCAGGGACACGAUGGGAUCACAGGGGUCAAUGGGCGGACACUUCGAUCACAUGAACGUGGAUGUAUUGCAAAUCCGAACACAAUGACAUUAGAGAUGCAAAGAGGGGUAGAAAAAGGAAUAGGAAGAAAGGAGGCGGGGUCGGCCGCAGACGACGAGAUGGAUCGAUUUGAUAAGACGGAAGAAUGGUCCAACAGACGAGCGGCAGCAGACGCAAAUCGGCAUGCGGUGGCGGAUGGAAAGGCCCAGGGGAUCAAGCGUCGCCGAGAAGAACUUGCGGAGAACCGGUCAGUGGCCAAGAAGAAUCACGCACAACGUCAGGCUUCAGCGGUCACAUAUGGCAAAGGUGUUGAGGAAAGGUCAGAUCGAGGCAGACAUUGA